AUGGAACAACAGGAUAACGAUUUUUUGAAGAAAAAAGACAGCUAUGAAACCUGUAGCACUGGUACAAUUGCAUCUUAUAGUUCCUAUAAUGAAAAUAGUCAUUUAAUUGAAAAAAAAAUAAUUGAUCAAGACUAUGUUAAUGUAGAUUCAAUUUUUAAUAAAAUGUCUUCUAGCCUUAUAGCUAUGCUACAAGGGGUAGAAGUGUUGUGUAAUUUUUCAAUUUUGUUUCUUUUUAAAGAUAACUAUAAAUUAGACCCUGCAUCUUUAAGUGUAGUAAUGAGUUUAAUAAAAAUUCCAUGGUCUGUUAAACUUAUAUGGGCAAUAUUAUCAGAUAGUUAUCCUAUAUUUGGUUAUAGAAGAAAAUAUUAUUUAUUAUUGGGAUCCCUUUCAUGUAUCAUAUCUUUAAUAACCCUUGGAUUAAUAAAUCAUACAAAUAUUAUAUUAACUAUAUGUUUAUUAAUAAUUUUUUUUUUUGGAAGUUCUCUUUGUAAUGUUAUAGGUGAAGCUCAAGUAGUAGAGUCAAGUAGAAAAGGAUCUAUUAGUAAUUCAGCCAAAAAUAUUUCAGCUUUUUUUGCCUUUAGAAAACUUAGUUUUGCAUUAAUGUCUUAUUUAUCUGGAUUUUUAUUAUCUAUUAUGAAUAAGCAACAUAUAUUUUUAGUUGGAUCGUUUUUGCCAAUAUGCGUUUUUGUUUCUGCAUUUUUUAUACUAGAAAAGAAAAAUUGUAAAAAAACAUGCGUAAAAGAACAAAUGAAAUGUAUCUAUGAUAUAUUAAAAAUUCCCUACAUUAAAAAUUUCAUUAUUUAUAUAUUUAUAAUGAUGUCAACACCAUCCUGUGGAAGCACAUUGUUUUUUUUUAUGACUAAUGAAUUAAAAUUUGGUGUACAGCUAUUAGGUAAAAUGGCUAUGUUUCAAUCAGUAGCUAGCUUAAUAGCUAUAUUAUUUUAUAUGCUUUUUUUUAGUAAAGUAGACAUAGGGAAAUUGCUAUUUUAUUCUACAAUUAUAAUAACACCGUUUUGUUUAUUACCAUUAGUGGUUGUAAAUAAAUUAAACAAUUACCUUUAUAUUCCUGAUAGUGUAUUUAUCAUAACAGAUACAAUUUUAAUAGAAUUUAUCGGUGAAUUUCAGACUAUACCUUUAUUAGUAUUAUGUUCACGUGUAACACCAGAAGGACUAGAAUCAACUAUUUAUUCACUUUUACUAUCAGCAAAUAAUUUAGCAUUAAUUAUAAGUUCUUUUUUUUCAUCAUUAUUAACAUAUGUACUAGGAAUAACGUCAACUAAUUUUAAAAACUUAUCAUUAAUGAUAAUAAUUUGCUGCCUUACAAAUUUAAUUCCAUUGUUUUUUAUGUAUAUCCUACCCAAUUUUAAUAAUAAAGAUUUACAUAAAUAUAAAGAUCCUUGCGAAAAUAUUAGUUAUGAAAUAACUGAUUAUGUAUCAUCUAAAAGUUCUGAACAAAAUGAAAAAAAAAAUACAUCUGAAGAAAUCCAAAUUAAUUGA